CAUUACCCAACAUCCCACAGCUUCUGUUUUUGCUCUCUCUCUCUCUCUCUCUCUCUCUCUCUCUAUAAAAUACCAGAAACUUAGCUCCAUAACUUGUCUUCAACACUUAUUCUCUUUCUACACUUUCUAAGUUGAAUAUCCACCUUGUGAUUCUCUGUGACAUUCAUGCACUUAGAAGUUCUGACACUUAUAACUCCUUCCCAUUUGUCCCUUUGAGUUAACAUUAGUUUUCAGCUCGAUUUUUUAGUAUUUUACAGUUCGCCAAUACGUCAAAUUAACAUUACCAACUCACACACUUCGCAAUGUCUAGCCGAAGGUCAAGAUCUGGGCAAUCCGGUGGUUCAAGAAUCUCCGACGAUCAGAUUAAUGAUCUUGUUUCCAAGUUGCAACAGCUUCUUCCUGAGAUUCGCAAUAGUAGACGUUCUGGCAAGGUUUCAGCAUCCACACUGCUACAGGAAACGUGCAACUACAUUAGAAACUUGCACAGAGAGGUGGACGAUCUAAGUGAGCGGCUGUCCGAGUUAUUGGCAACAACUGACACUGCCCAAGCUGCUGUAAUCAGGAGCUUACUUUCGCAGUAGAAGGAAUUAAGGAGACUAUGAUUAACUCAUCAGCAGAGUAUCGUUGUCACCAGUUUAUGUAAUAGGCAUCGUUUUUCUUCUCUGAUCUGGGCCAUAACUAUCUUUCUAGGGUUUUUGUUCAGUAGAUUUAUGAACUAUAUGAUGGUCUAGAAAAUCCUUUUGCAAAGCUGUAGUAAUGUGUUAUGGAGUUGAUAUGAUAAAUGGACUUGAUCAGUUCUCUUAUCUAGAGUUUCUCAUCUUCUAGUUCAUGUGGAUAUUACUUGGCAGGCAUGCUCACUCUAUAUUUCACACCUUUUUUUUUUUUUUUUUUCCCAAUUCUGAAAUGGAUAUGUUGUGUGCCUUCUUAGUUCGACAAUAAGCUAAAAAAAGUAGCAUUUGCAAUCGAACUAAUUAAUAAGCUAAAAAAAGUAGCAUUUGAAUAUGGUGUGAUAGUGAGUCUGCUUAAAUGUGGUCAGAGAGAUACUGAAAUGCCUUUGUGAGUCUUUUCGGUCCCCAAAAAUGGUGGAUAACUGUGACUUGCCAACAGUUGUCCUCCUUUUUAAAAUGAAGAAAAAAAAAUCGAACUAAUUAAUUAAUAG